GAUUCAUAGUAACUCCUUUAAAACAGAGUGGAAAGACACCACCCUUGCACACCACCAGAGGAAACUUAAACCACCACCAGGUCACUCCCCUUCACUACAGCUCUGUACUGCAGGACAACAGCACUGCAGCCCAGCACACUCCUGCUUCCACAGGCGCCAGGACCGGCCCCAGCCCACACGAACUCCCUGCCUCUGUGACACUAGGAAGGACGCAAGAUGUUGGUGCUACUGGCAGGUAUCUUUGUGGUCCACAUUGCCACUGUCAUCAUGCUCUUCGUCUCCACCAUUGCUAAUGUCUGGAUGGUGGGUUAUUAUAACACAGAAAAAGCCUCUUCAGGACUCUGGCUACUGUGUAACAGGAGCUGCAAGCAACUGCCAGUGGCUACCAGUGAUGAAGCUUCCCUCAAAGCAGUACAAGCUUUUAUGAUCCUCUCAAUCAUCUUCUCCAUCAUCGCACUUGUCACGUUCAUCGUCCAGCUGUUCACCCUGGAGAAAGGCAAACGUUUCUACAUCACUGGAGCCGUCAUGCUGGUUUGCUGGUUGUGCAUUCUGAUUGGAGCCUCCAUUUACACAGCUCGGUUCGCAGAGAUGUCUGGGUUCACAACAGUUCACCACGGCUACUGCUUCAUAUUGGCCUGGAUCUGCUUUUGCUUCAGUUUCAUCAUUAGCAUACUCUACCUUGUUCUUAGGAAAAAAUAAGGCUGAUGGGAGUGCAGGGGAGAGGGUUGGCUACUGGGGAUGGGGAAUAAGAAUUGCUCUGCUGAGAGAAUUGUUGGGCCUAUCGAAAAACUGGAAACAGCCACCACCACAACCACUGCUACCGCCACAGAAAAAUAACUAACAAAACUAAAAUCCUCUCAGAAACACAUUCACCAGCGUGAGGGAGAAGCAGCUGCAAUUGAUCAGUUACUCCUGGGGCUGUUGGGCCAGAAAUCUGCAAGUGACCCAGACAGCUGUUCUGCUUUUCUGCAAAGUUACAUCGUACCUUUACAAACUGUCAAGCUCAGCGGUGAUGACUGAAGGGCACCAUGAAAAUGAGGGCUACAUUUUUUUCCCUUCCUAGUGCCCUUCCCACUUAUCUCUCAGUGUGCCUUGUGGGUUGGACAGCGAGGCUUACGACCCUUUUUUUGUCCAUUGAAACAAAUGGGAUGGGCCUUUUGUUACAUUUUUAUAUAUAUAUAUAUAUAUAUAUGCAUAUAUAUGAAAGUUAAAGGCAUUAAACUGAGAAACAGCCCAAUAGAAAUCAGGUGAAAUUGGUGUUAAAAAUAUCUGCAGAACUUAGGCAGAAAAUUUUUGCUGUUCUGUUUCUUAUUUGACAUUUGCAUGGUUGAAUCAGGUAUAGGUAGGAUGGACUAACACACAAGCAUGGGAGACAGAGAGAGAGAGAGAGAGAGAAAGAGAGAGAGGGAAGGUGCACAAGGGUUCCUGAUUACAGAGGAUAUAGUUGCUCAAUGAUGCACAUGAAGGGAGUCAUUUGGGUGUAUGUCUGCACUAAAACGUCCUGAUUGGCUCUAUAGCAUGCCAACAGCACUGCUACAUUGCACAUAUUUUGUAGGCAGUCUUUUUUUCACAGUAUCACCCAGGACAAGGCAUUAAUUGAUAGUCCCACCUUGUGACACAGCUCAUCUCAAAGGCAGAUGCUACUGGUUAAGAGAAAACCUAUUCCCUAAUGAGAGACUUGGAGAGAUGAGGCAGAACCUGAGUUCUGUUCCUGGGUGCACAACCUUAGGCCAGUCACUUAACCUGGUGCUUUUCCAUCUGCCAAAUUCUUCCAUAAAGCUCUACCUACCUCCCAGGGUUGCUGAGAGAUUUUUAUGUCCACUCUGUAAGACAAGGUCCCCGCAUGAAAGGCUGCAUGGGAAAGUCAGGCCCUGCUACUGCUGCAACCCACACAUUUCUGCCACUUUGAAGAAUCUCAGUUGCAAAUGGAAUUUAUAAAGGACAAGAGGUCAAAACUUCCUGUGACUCCAUCCAUAACUAAAAGGCAGAGAACAUCAAAAAACACAUAGGUGCAGAUUGUGCAUGAAUGCUAUUUACUUCUCUCCCUCUCCCUCUCUCUUUCUCUCUUUCUUUCUGGUACAUUCUCUUCCUAUGCAGACUGUCAAUUUGGUGGAUAUAUUCUAGUACUGUACGUUGCUGUUUCAUUAACAAAGGUUAUUUCAUAUACAGUCAUUGUAAAUAUUUUGAAAUGCAUAUUUUUAACUUUGAGGGUAUAAAAAUACAAUCUGAUUCCCUUUAUUAUAAAAA